CUUUUAUGACACGCGAGGGCUCUAACUUACAUUCGGGGGUUAAAAAGCGAGGAUACAAAAGGUGAAUGAUUUGUGUGGGUGCUGCAAAACUAUGGAGACCAUAGAUGAACAUUCAGCAACGAGUUCUAGCAGUAAGAAGGGAUUGUCAGACUUCCAGAUACAAAAACUCGACUACUACUUCAAGUUAUUUGAUUCUAAUGAGAACGGCUUGAUAGAGAAAGACGAUUUGGAUGGAAUUGUUAAGGAUAUCCUCAAGUUCACUGGCUGGGACAAAGACUCUCAGCGUGCGCACCAGACCAGGGAGGUGUACGAAACGUUCUUUGAAGUCCUAUUUGAAAAAGCUGACGAAGACGCAAACGCUGAGAUAGACAAGUCGGAAUGGUUACACAUGUGGGAGAGACUUCUCCCGGGAGCGACGUCCAUGAACCACUUCCCCGUCUGGCUCAGACUUCUUCCUCAGACUCUGUUUAGGAUCAUCGACAGGAACGAGGAUGGUAUUAUCAGCGAGGAUGAAAUGAGAAACUUCUAUGAGAACUUCAUCAAGAUCCACCCGACCGAAGCCCGCGUCAAGGCGAAACGAGCGAUGGAGGAAAUGACCGACUUCGGCUACUACCAGCUUGAUAUGGAAGGGUACGAACAGAUCUUUGCCAACUUUCUUCUCGGCCGGACUCCAGCAGGGCCGGGAAAAUACAUAUUCGGCUGUUUUGACCUGGGGAUAUACAAGUUCAAGCUAAUCAUGCCGCAGGUGGAGGAGGAAGAAGAUGAGACUCCCGCAGCCAAGCGGAUUAUCAGGAAACGUCUUUCCGACAAAGCCAUCCAGAAUCCGCGCGUGCGUGUUACUAUACUGCCGAUGUAAACAAUUUCAAACGGAGACCCGGUGCUGAGCAACUUUGCAGGCCGAGGUACCAUUUUGUCUAACUAUUGCAUUACGAAAUGCAUGCAGUAGAUAGACGAAGUUGUACCUUGGUUUAACCAAGAUGGGUGUUGAGUCCAGCCAGACCGAGCAGAAAAACGUCCGCUAGACUGGUUGACGGUAAACUGGAUUGCGUUCAGCCAGACCGAGCGAAAAAAACAUCCGAUAGACUGGUUUAUGCGCUUCACGGUAAACCACAAGGCCACGUUGGGAACCAAUCAAAUAGUUAGCGAAACGUCCGCUGGAUGAACUCAGGCCAGCUAGACAGAGCAGAAAAACGACUUACGAUAAACUAGAUAACCACUUCGGGAACUUGACAAACUAGUUCGCAACAAACUGCUGCCUGGACUUAGGGCAGCUUCAAGUUAUUUAGCCACGUCGGGAACCAAUCAAAUAGUUCGCGAGCGUUAGCUGAAUGGACGUGUGGCAACCUCAGGUUAACUUCAAUUCAGUUUAAUGUGUAACGUAAAAACCAGUCUAGCGCAUGUUCUAGGUACAAGCGGUUGGCUGAACUUACCCCAUGUGACCGUGCAAACAAACAGCCUGAAGUUCGGCCAGCGAACGUUUCUCAGGCGAACGUUUCUCAGGAGAACGUUAGCGACAAGUGGUUGACUGGACUUAACGUCACACGUCUAAUGUAAACAAUUAUUACAAUAAUAGUCGCGUUUACUAGGUUAGACGCUAUGACUUUGAAGAAUUUUACAUUUAAUACCCGUUCAGUAUCUGUUUUCUUUACAUCAGCAUUAUCGAUCUACAACCCAAACGUUGUAGCAAAAACAGACAAGCAAACAAAACGAAAAAGAAUCGAAAAAACCUCAACCCCCAACCCCACCCCCCGCAAAAUUUAUAAAAAAUAAAUAAAAAAUAACCCCACAAACAAACAAAACAAAACAAACAAAACCAAAAUCCACAAUUCUGCGGAAUCAGGUGUCUUGUCUACCAUAAGCUUAUUCAGUGUCACUUAUAAAUGCAACCAUAGACGCAUCUCGUUUCGUCAAUUUAGGACUUAAGAGGUUUUCUUUACAAAUAGAGCUGAAGGCAAAACUUUAAAGGGACAGAUGCCUUUUUACAUACUAAGGCAUAUUUUUCACCUAGACCCUAGUUUCAACCAGUAAACAUGGGCACUAAGUUAGGUUAAUUUACAGACCUGCAACAAAUCUGGAUAUAACAAAGUGAAACAAGAGUCUGUGACGUUGAAAUACCCUUAAAAAAUAGACUAAAACGCGACUCCAUAAUCGUUCUUUCUUAGACGCACGUGCGUUUUAAAAAAUAUGAAAAAUGCAUU